GCGAGCGCGGCCGGCCGCCCGGGGCCAGUGCGCGUGCGCGGCCUCCUCCCGCGCUGGGAACAUGGCCGCGCGGUGCCUGUGGGCGGCCCGAGGGCGGGUGCGGCCCCUCCUGGCCGCGAGGGCCGCGUCCGACGGCAGGGCACGGCCGCUGCCUUUCAGCACCGCCACCCAGAGGACGGCCGGCGAGGACUGCGGCUCUGAGGACGCGCCGCCCCGCACAGAGCGAGCCUUGAAGCUGAGAGCCGUUAAACUCGAGAAGGAAGUCCAGGACUUGACCGUCAGGUACCAGAGAGCUGUAGCUGAUGGCGAAAACAUACGAAGGCGAACCCAGAGGUGUGUGGAAGACGCCAAGAUAUUUGGAAUUCAGAGCUUCUGUAAGGAUCUGGUGGAGGUGGCCGACCUUCUGGAGAAGACCGCAGGGUGUGUUUCUGAAGAGGCCGAGCCUGGGGACCAGAAGCUCAUUCUAGAGAAGAUCUUCCGAGGGUUGUCGCUUCUGGAAGCAAAGCUGAAAAGUGUGUUUGCCAAACACGGCCUGGAGAAGAUGACCCCCAUUGGUGCCCAGUACGACCCGCACGAGCACGAACUCAUUUGUCACGUGCCAGCCGGCGCUGGGGUGCAGCCGGGCACCGUGGCACUGGUGAGGCAAGAUGGCUACAAACUUCACGGCCGCACCAUUAGACUCGCCCGGGUAGAAGUGGCCGUGGAGUCGCAGAGACGACUCUGAAGCCUGCUCUCCCCGAGCACAGCCGCCUGGGAUCCCUUUAUUUAUUUCCCGAGGUUUCUCUGGUACAUGAGGUACUUCAUGUGAUCUGUUCUGGAUUUAGUCAUAUUGGCUUUAUUUCUAAGACACUCUCUUGAUUUCAUGUGACCUGUUUGGUCUCAUCAGAAGUCUUGCCAUUGGGCAUUUGAACAGUGUGUGAUAAGUGUUCCUGUGGCCUUAUCAAAAUAUGUUUAAGAAAAUUAUCUUAAAAUUGGUACCCUGAUGACUUCGAAUCCAAAAUCUCUUUUAAAGGUGGAAAUGAGUAUAUGUUUAUGUACUCUCAACUAAACAUUCCUUCGAAGGGUCCCUGUAGCAGGAAUUGUAUAGGGCCUUGUGUUUGUAGGAAAAGGCGAUGGUGGGGAUUGGUUCAUUAUGUGGGUCCCGAAAGAGCAGGCUGCAGAGCUGGAGGAAUUUAGAUCAUUUGGGUUGAUUUUUAUGCACACAGAUUUUCAGGAACUCCCCUUUUGAUUUUAUUUUCCUUUUAGCCAUCUUUUGGCCUUGUAGUUCCUGCCAGGUAGACUUCAGAAUAUCCGUACUCACUGGCCCUUUUCAACUCCCAUUCGCACAACUAAAGGCCCAGGCAAGACGUGGGGGGGGGGGGGGGUGCAACAAGAAA